UCUGGCGGCGAACGGCUCUUGUUUUCGAUUAUUCUCUUUCUGCAGUUUCAAUUGAAGAGAAGUUACCGCUAUAACUGAAAAAGAGGGAAAAGGAAGCAAGAGAUUGUGCUAGGGCUCGUGGAUAUUGGAAUUUGAGUGCCAGGAUUUCAGGUAUUCGGGAUAGUAGACUCCUGUGCUUGUGAUUGUGAGGGUGGAAAAUGAAUGAAUUAUGAUGACUGGGAUUGGAUGGGAUAGUUGUCGAUGGGUACCCCGGAUAACAAACUAUCUGAACUUGUUGAGAUAGUUAGGUCGUGGAUACUUAGGAGAAUUGAGCCGCCGAAUGUGUCAAGGGAUUUUUGGAUGCCCGAUCAGAGUUGUAGAGUAUGCUACGAGUGUGAUUCUCAGUUUACUGUAUUUAAUCGUAGGCAUCAUUGUCGAAUUUGUGGCCGAGUUUUCUGUGCCGUUUUCUGUGCCAAGUGUACCGCAAACUCGAUUCCUGCCCCAUCGGAUGAGCCAAGGACUGGUCGUGAAGAUUGGGAAAGGAUUAGAGUAUGCAAUUAUUGCUUCAAGCAGUGGGAGGAGGGGAUAGCAGCUGUUGAUAACGAGGUCAAGGCGCCUAGUCCUGGUCUCAGUCCGUCACCAUCUGUAACAAGCUUGGUCAGUUCCAAGUCCUGCUGCACCUGUAAUAGCAGCAGCAGCACUGUCAGUUCUACUCCAAAUUCAACUGGACCAUAUCACCGUGUGAACUUUAAUUCAAGUCUCAGUCCUCGUGAAUCUUCCCAGAUGAAUGCACCCACUGAACAAAACAAUGAGACAUCUGGGAUGAUUACAAAUCCAAGUUCAGCUACAAUUGAUUCUUCUUCAAACCAUUUCGGCUUUUGCGGUAACAGGAGUGAUGAAGAAGAUGAUGAUUAUGGUGCAUAUCAUUCGGAUUCAGAAUCAAGGCCUUAUGCUCAUGCUGAGGAGUAUUCUAGUGCUAUCAAUAUUGACGAAAUUGGCUGUGUGUAUAAAGUGCAUCAUGAUGGAGAGGAUUUUGAUUCAAACCCUUUGAAGGGUUCACCAUUAGCUGAGAAUUUCAGUAUACAAAGUGUAGAUGGAAUCAAGAAAAUUGAGGAAGUAAAUGAACAUGAGAAUGCUGAUCAGGAUGAAGCUCCUGCUUAUGAUGUGGAUUCAGAAUCAAGGCCUUAUGCUCAUGCUGAGGAGUAUUCUAGUGCUAUCAAUAUUGACGAAAUUGGCUGUGUGUAUAAAGUGCAUCAUGAUGGAGAGGAUUUUGAUUCAAACCCUUUGAAGGGUUCACCAUUAGCUGAGAAUUUCAGUAUACAAAGUGUAGAUGGAAUCAAGAAAAUUGAGGAAGUAAAUGAACAUGAGAAUGCUGAUCAGGAUGAAGCUCCUGCUUAUGAUGUGGAUGAGACAGAUGCCGAGCCUCUCGAUUUUGAGAACAAUGGGCUAUUGUGGCUCCUUCCAGAACCUGAAGAUGAAGAGGACGAAAGAGAAGCUACUCUACUUGAUGAUGAUGAUGAGGGUGCUACAGGGGAGUGGGGAUAUUUACUCCCUUCAAAUAGCUUUGGCAGUGGGGAGUAUCGUAGUAGAAUUAAGUCCGGUGAGGAACACAGACAAGCCAUUAAAAAUGUGGUGGAAGGACAUUUUAGGGCUUUGGUAUCUCAGCUUUUGCAGGUUGAAAGCGUCCAUGUGGAUGAUGAGGAUGGUAGAGAGAGUUGGUUGGAUAUAAUCACAUCUUUGUCAUGGGAAGCUGCAACACUUCUGAAGCCAGAUACAAGCAAGGGAGGAGGAAUGGAUCCUGGAGGGUAUGUCAAAGUUAAAUGCAUAGCUUCUGGGUGUCGCCAUGAAAGUGCUGUGGUUAAAGGAGUUGUUUGUAAGAAAAAUGUGGCUCAUCGUCGAAUGACAUCAAAAAUAGAUAGACCUCGUUUUCUUAUCCUUGAAGGAGCUUUGGAAUAUCAGCGUAUUUCUAACCGCUUGUCAAGUUUUGAUACGUUGUUACAGCAGGAAAUGGACCAUUUGAAGAUGGCAGUUGCUAAAAUUGAUGCACAUCAACCUAAUGUUCUUUUGGUGGAAAAAUCUGUGUCACGGUAUGCACAAGAGUACCUUCUUUCCAAAGAUAUAUCACUUGUUCUCAAUAUUAAGAGGCCACUCUUAGAGCGUAUAGCCCGCUGCACUGGUGCUCAAAUAGUUCCAUCCAUUGAUCAUCUGACAUCACCGAAACUCGGGUAUUGCGAUGUAUUCCGUGUGGAGAAAUGUCUUGAGGAACAUGGGAGUGCUGGUCAUGGUGGGAAGACAGCGACAAAGACUCUAAUGUUUUUUGAGGAUUGCCCUAAGCCUCUAGGUUAUACUAUUAUGCUCAAUGGUGCCAGCGGAGAUGAAUUGAAAAAGGUAAAACAUGUUGUCCAAUAUGGAGUUUUCGCAGCUUAUCACUUGGCUCUUGAGACAUCAUUCCUAGCUGAUGAAGGUGCUGCACUUCCAGAGCUCCCUUUAAAGUCUCCUAUAAAUGUUGCCUUACCCAAUAAACCAUCAAGUAUUGACAGGUCUAUUUCCAUCAUACCUGGUUUUACCAUCCCAUCCUCUGGGAAGCCCAUGGCUUCUCAACCUAGAAAUGAAUUGCAGAAAUCCAACGAAGUUGUUAACUCAGAUAGCCCAUCAUCUGCCAACUUUGAGCCCCCUUGCAAACCUACAGGGGCUAGUUCAUUGUGCUUGUCAAAAGGUCCUCAUUCUCAGACUACGCUCAAGGAAUCUGCCCCAAACAAUGUUGAAGCUAUUGCUUCCUUGAACUCACUGUCUGCUUUGAGGGAGAAUAUCUAUUCUUGUAACAAUGUUUCUUCCCUAAAUCAUGCAUGUAGACAGGUUGAUGGAGUGAAUCCUAAAGAAUCUCUUCGAACCGAAACAGCUAGCAAUGGAGAAGCUGUUAUGGGUGACCAGUUUAUUUCUCUUUGUCAAAGAUUAUCAGAAGCAUCAGAGCAAGGCAGUGGACCUGGUGGUAGUAGUCAGACUGAUGGCAACAUAAUGGCUGCAAAUCAUCUAGGUGGCCCAGAGUUGGCAUGCUCGAAACAAGAGACUGGCAACAACAAUGAAGAGGUGGGGUCCUCUAAGGAAGAGUUUCCUCUAUCACCUUCAGACCACCAGAGCAUUUUGGUGUCUUUAUCAACACGUUGUGUGUGGAAGGGCUCUAUGUGUGAACGAUCCCUUCUCUUUCGAAUCAAAUACUAUGGGAGCUUUGAUAAGCCUUUGGGGCGGUUUUUAAGAGAUCAUCUGUUUGAUCAGAGCUUCCAUUGUCGUUCAUGUGAGAUGCCAUCUGAGGCACAUGUUCACUGCUAUACUCAUAGACAAGGUAGCCUGACGAUAUCUGUUAAGAAACUAUCAGAGCUUCCUUUACCUGGAGAGCGGGAAGGAAAGAUUUGGAUGUGGCAUAGGUGCUUGAGAUGCCCUCGGAUCAGUGGGUUUCCUCCAGCCACUCGAAGAGUUGUAAUGUCUGAUGCUGCUUGGGGUUUAUCCUUUGGGAAAUUUUUGGAGCUGAGCUUUUCUAGCCAUGCAGCUGCUAGCAGAGUUGCAAGCUGCGGUCAUUCCCUUCACAGAGAUUGUCUUCGAUUUUACGGUUUCGGGAGAAUGGUUGCUUGUUUUCGAUAUGCCUCCAUUGAUGUUCAUUCUGUUUAUCUUCCACCUUCCAAACUGGAAUUUAAUUAUGAUAAUCAGGAGUGGAUACGAUGUGAAGCAAAUGAGGUGAGUAACAGGGCAAAAUUCCUAUUUACUGAAAUGCACAAUGCUCUUCGAAAGGUCUCAGUGAACCUAUCGGGCCCAGGGUCCCAAGAUGGUGGCAUAAAGACACCUGAAAGAAGCACCUGUAUUAAGGAAUUGGAAGCAAUGCUGCAUAAGGAUAGAGAAGAAUUUCAGGAAUCUUUACGGGAAGCGCUUUGUAAGGAUGCGAAAGCUGGCCAACCUUUUAUUGACAUUCUUCUGAUUAAUAAGUUGCGGAGGCAAAUACUCUUUUUGUCUUAUGUUUGGGACCAACGGCUGAUACAUGCAUAUAGUUCAAUUAGCACUAAUAUCCAGGAAGUUACGAGCAGUUCCAUCCCUAAGCUUGGGUUGAAGCCUGAAAGUUCUGUCGAGAAGCUUCUUGAGAUUAAUGUCAGUCCCAAGCCAAGUAAAGCCUUAAGUAGUUUGAACUCUGCUGCAGUUGAGACCAGGCCUAACAUAAGAAUAAAUCAAAGAGGCAAUACUGGUCAAUUUGACAAAUCAGAUGGAGAUCACCCAGAAAAGGGCAUGGACAGGGUCUUUAAUAACAGGAAGGAGGCUGAACCUUCUCUUUCUUGUACAAAUACCAGUAACAAAUCUGAUUCUCUUGAAUCUGGAACAGCUGUGCAAAGGGCUCAGUCAGAAGGGGAAUUGACAAAUAGGGAAAAUUUAUCUGAGACCCUUGAGGCAGCUUGGAGUGGGGAAAGUCACCCUGCUACCAUAAUCUCUAAGGAGAAUGGUUACUCUGUUCCUGGCUCAGUGUUGGUGGAUGUGUCAGCUGCAGUAAGUUCGGAUCUGGGAAUUCUUUCUAGUGAUCAUGGUGAAGUGGAAGUGACACGAUCUCCUCAGCCUGCUUUGCCUACUAAGAAACUUGAAAGCUUGGAGAAGUCAAUGAGCUGGGAAAGCAUGCCAUUUCCAAAUUUCUACAGCUCAUAUAACAAGAAUUCUUCACUCAAUCCUCGAAAGCUCAGUAUCAAUGAGCGCAGUCCAGUCUAUGUAUCUUCAUUUAUGGAGUUGGAAAGACAAAGUGGUGCGAGGCUGUUGCUUCCUCUUGGUGUUAAUGACACAGUAGUAGCUGUUUAUGAUGAUGAGCCCACUAGUAUUAUAGCAUAUGCACUUGUCUCAUCAGAUUAUCAUUCACUGAUUUCCGAGUCGGAGAGACCAAAAGAUGUUGCAGAUUCUGCAAUUUCAUCGUCACUUUUUGAUUCAGUAAACCUACUCUCACUUAAUUCUUUUAGUGACGUAUCAUCUGAUACUUGCAGAAGUUUUGGAUCUGGUGAUGAUAGUAUCCUGUCUUUGUCUGGGUCAGGCUCCCUGGUUUCUGACCCUCUCUUGUAUAUAAAAGAUUCGCAUGCUAGAGUUUCUUUUACAGAUGAUGGUCCCCUUGGGAAGGUGAAGUAUUCCGUAACUUGUUAUUAUGCGAAGCGGUUUGAGAGCUUGAGGAGGACAUGCUGCCCUUCUGAGAUGGAUUUUGUACGGUCUCUCAGUCGUUGUAAGAAGUGGGGUGCCCAGGGUGGCAAGAGCAAUGUCUUUUUUGCAAAAACGUUAGACGAUCGAUUUAUCAUCAAACAAGUUACAAAGACAGAACUAGAAUCAUUUUUCCAGUUUGGACCAGCUUAUUUUAAAUAUUUGUCUGAAUCAAUUAAUACAAGAAGCCCAACUUGCCUGGCAAAGAUAUUGGGCAUAUAUCAGGUUUCAUCAGAGCAUCUUAAAGGAGGGAAGGAGUCGAAAAUGGACGUCUUGGUGAUGGAAAAUAUUCUCUUCAGGCGUAACAUUACAAGGCUUUAUGACCUCAAAGGAUCUUCUCGAUCUAGGUAUAAUCCUGAUACAAGUGGCAGCAACAAAGUUCUCCUGGACCAGAACUUGAUUGAAGCAAUGCCGACUUCUCCGAUUUUUGUUGGAAGCAAGGCAAAACGGUUGUUGGAGAGGGCAGUCUGGAACGACACUAACUUUCUUGCUUUAAUCGACGUAAUGGACUACUCGUUACUAGUUGGCAUGGACGAGGAAAAAGACGAGCUUAUUCUUGGAAUAAUCGAUUUCAUGAGGCAAUACACAUGGGACAAGCACCUUGAAACAUGGGUGAAGACCUCAGGCAUCCUCGGGGGACCUAGAAACACGUCGCCUACAGUGAUAUCGCCCCAACAAUACAAGAAACGGUUCAGGAAAGCCAUGACUGCUUAUUUUCUCAUGGUGCCGGAUCAGUGGUCUCCUCUGACGAUUGUUCCGAGCGGGUUGCAGACCAACCUUUGCGAAGAGAAUAAUAACACUACACAAAGUGGUAAUAUUGUUGAAUGAUGAUGUUGAAAACCCUUUUGCCUGUAUAAGUCAAAGACCCAAUCUAUGCUCGUUUUUAUCCGGGGCUGAGUCGAAGCAGACUCAAAGCAAUCACAACCUAACCCGACCUUGAACCAGUUGCGGGCCCAAUUCAAGCCCAAUGGACGACAGUUGAUUGCAGAGGAAAAUAGAGAGGUUAAUGUUGGUUUUUAGCAGUUUUUUUAUAUAUACGGAAGGGGAACACAAAAAGGUGGGGGGGGGACAUAAUAGAUUACACAGGAGCAUUUUGAA